CUGCAACUUAUAUAAAUGACAGCCAAAAUCAAACAUUUGAUUUCAUAAAUUAUACAUGAACAGAGCAGUAUAGUGAUUAUAGUAUAGUUAUGUUCAGUUGUGGUGAUCGAGUGUAGCCAGUAGGUACAUCACGCUGAAAAGCGCUUUCUGUUUCGUCUAAUAAAUCCAAACAUUGAACACUCAUAGAAAACAUAGAGCUUACCGAGUUUUAUGACCCACCCCGUAUCCUCCUAUCUGUUGGCAAAUAGGUGGUGAUUGUUUUUACGUCAUUUGCCGUCGAGAAGUGCUUAAGUCAUCAGUCUGGCAUACUUAUUCGUAACAGUGCAAUACACUCGAUGGUUAAAAUACAAGGUACUCACAAGGACAACUCGGUUUUAAACUCUUCGAUAUGAUCAGAAUCCCGACUUCCGAAAUUGACCAAUAAGUGGUGAUUGUUUUUAAGAGCUUAAGUCACCAGUCAGGCAUACUUGUUCGUAACGGUGACGUUAAAAUUGAAAGUACUUACAAGCGCAACUGGGUUUGAAACUCUGAUCAGGAUGCUCCCGACCUCCAAAAUUGACCCUUGGAUUAACCUUAUUUACCUUUUUGUUUUAAUUCCGAGUCCUCUUUUCGUGAACUCCUUCCUGCUCGACCCCCACAUCCGGGCAAAAUUGAAACUAAGGUCUCAGAAAGCUGAACUACGCAGGUUGACAUACGCGAACCUCCUGAGUGCAGCGCCGGUGGGGAGUCCCCUGUUCUUGUCGCCCAUCAUAAAAAAAGGCGAUUUCGCCGAGGCGCAACGACUCGCCACGGUCCAGCCGAUCCCACCUUUACUCCCCGGGAUCGAGAGCUUCUCCGGCUAUAUCACGGUCAACGAGAAUCUCGGAUCCAACUUGUUCUUCUGGAUGUUCAAAUCUUUCGAGGGCGACUGGAAAACGAAACCGCUUGUUAUUUGGCUACAAGGCGGCCCGGGAGUAACGUCGUUGUACGGACUGUUGUACGAAAUCGGGCCUUUCUACCUCAACGACAAGGUGAAACUCGUCAGGAGGAAGUACACGUGGUGCCAGAAGUACAACCUCCUGUUCAUCGACAACCCUGUCGGGGCCGGCUUCAGCUUCACGAAACAGGACGCCGGCUACCCGACCUUGGAACUGGAUAUAGCGACGAACCUCUAUUCGUUCAUCGUUCAAUUCUACGGAAUGUUCCCCGAGUUAAAAAAUAACCCUCUGUACAUCACAGGUGAGUCUUACGCCGGUAAGAUGAUCCCCGCCUUCGCGCACUACAUCCACCUGCGCAACCAGGAGAACGCGGGGAAGGGCCUCGUCGUGCCGCUGUCCGCGGUGGCGAUCGGCAACGGUUGGUCGGACCCCUUCUACAUGAUGGAGUACGCCGACUACUUGUACCAACACGGUUUCAUCGACUUCAACACGAGAGACCUAUUCCACACGUACGAAGAGGAGGCGCGAGCCGCCAUGAGAGCCAAAGAGUGGUCCAAAGCCAAAUCCGUAUUCUACGACAAGCUUUUCUGGGCCAUGUACAACGUCACCGGUCUAGACGCUCCGUAUAACUACAUCAACGACGUCGACGUACUGCAACCCGACGAGGAUUUCUUCGCGAAACCGGACGUGAGGCGACUGCUCCACGUCGGCAAUCACAAAUGGCAGUUCGGGAGCGAGAAAGUCGCGGACUCGAUGGACUCGGCGUUCAUGCAGCCGGCGAAGCCGUGGAUCGAGGACAUCCUCAACUGGGAGGCGUUCCCCUUCGUGUCGUACAGCGGGCAGCUGGACAUCAUCUGCGCCUACCCUUUGAGCGAGAAUCUGUUCCGUAACCUCAAGUGGAAGUACGCCGAUGCGUACUUGAAGGCGAAGAGGUGCAAGAUACUGGAGGGAGAUGCGACGGUUGGGUACUUCAAAACGGUCGGCCUUUUUACGGAGAUCCUGUUCCGGAAUUGCGGGCACAUGGUUCCCGGGGACCAGCCUCUGGUUGCGUUCAAAUUCUUGGAUACGCUUAUUGGGAACAGGACGGCGGGAUUUAGGUGUGAUUGAUUCAGCUUGCUUGAAAAUGAGCCGUUAGACAGGGUGCGAAUUUGUGCAUUAUGGUCGUGUCAAAAUUUUACAUGGAACACGAAUAAAGGAGACGAAAGUAACUCCUGACGAAUA